UUCUUUCAGCAUAUAUCUUUUUUUUUAAUUGGAGGGAUGCACAGGAGGGGAAAUUGAAAAAAAAUUUGUUGGCUUUUGUUUACCUGGCGUGUGUGGCAACGGGCUUUCUCAUUGCCUGCCAUCUCUGACCUUUCUUUCUUUCCUUUCUCUUCUUUCCAAAGGAAAAAAAAUAAUCCCCCCCAUGUGCAUGAAGGGUUAAGGGGGAAAUGGGGGGGGAUCUGAGAAUCCAACCAAGCCCUGCCCCCCUUCUGUAGAAAACCAAUAACACCCCCUUCCUUUUUAAAAAAUUUUACCUUCAUCCUAUCCUUUCUCCUCCUCCUCCCACUCCCUCCUUUCCACACCCCCACCCCCACCCCCAACUCACAACUCUGUUGAGUCCAGAAUUUCAGAAUCUGGUGUUGGGCUUUGCCGGGAUGCUUCGGAGGAAUGGAUGAAUUCCACCCGUUCAUCGAGGCCUUGCUGCCUCACGUCCGUGCCUUCUCCUACACCUGGUUCAAUCUGCAGGCGCGGAAGCGCAAGUACUUCAAGAAACAUGAGAAGCGCAUGUCGAAGGACGAGGAGCGGGCAGUGAAGGAUGAGCUGCUGGGGGAGAAGCCGGAGAUCAAGCAGAAGUGGGCGUCCCGGCUCCUGGCCAAGCUGCGAAAGGACAUCCGGCCCGAGUUCCGCGAGGACUUUGUGCUGACCAUCACCGGCAAGAAGGCCCCCUGCUGUGUCCUCUCCAACCCUGACCAGAAGGGCAAGAUCCGCCGGAUUGACUGCCUGCGCCAGGCCGACAAGGUGUGGCGGCUCGACCUGGUCAUGGUGAUUUUGUUUAAGGGGAUCCCCCUGGAAAGUACUGAUGGGGAGCGGCUCUACAAGUCACCCCAGUGCUCCAACCCCGGCCUGUGUGUCCAGCCUCACCACAUUGGAGUCACAAUCAAAGAACUGGAUCUUUACCUGGCUUACUUUGUCCACACUCCUGAAUCCGGACAAUCAGACAGUUCAAACCAGCAAGGAGAUGCGGACAUCAAACCACUGCCCAAUGGGCACUUAAGUUUCCAAGACUGCUUUGUGACCUCUGGGGUCUGGAAUGUGACUGAGCUGGUCAGAGUAUCACAGACUCCUGUUGCUACGGCGUCAGGGCCUAACUUCUCCCUGGCGGAUUUGGAGAGCCCCAGUUAUUACAACAUAAACCAGGUGACUCUUGGGCGGCGGUCCAUCACCUCCCCUCCUUCCACCAGCACCACCAAGCGCCCUAAAUCCAUAGAUGACAGCGAGAUGGAGAGCCCCGUGGAUGACGUGUUCUACCCUGGGACAGGACGGUCCCCAGCAGCUGGCAGCAGCCAGUCCAGUGGUUGGCCCAAUGAUGUGGAUGCAGGCCCGGCUUCUCUAAAGAAGUCAGGAAAGCUGGACUUCUGCAGUGCCCUCUCCUCUCAGACCAGCUCCCCGCGCAUGGCUUUCACCCACCACCCGCUGCCCGUGCUAGCUGGAGUGAGACCAGGGAGCCCCCGGGCAACAGCUUCUGCUCUGCAUUUUCCCUCGACCUCCAUCAUCCAGCAGUCGAGUCCUUACUUCACCCACCCGACCAUCCGCUACCACCACCACCAUGGCCAGGACUCACUGAAGGAGUUUGUGCAGUUCGUGUGCUCGGAUGGCACAGGCCAGGCCACAGGGCAGCCUAACGGUAGUGGCCAGGGCAAAGUCCCGGGGUCAUUUUUGCUACCACCGCCGCCUCCAGUGGCCAGACCUGUGCCCCUUCCUAUGCCUGAUACCAAAUCCACCAGCACUACCCCAGACGGCGCCGCCUUGACUCCUACAUCACCCUCAUUCUCAACGACAGGCGCCUCCUCUGCCAACCGGUUUGUCAGCAUCGGACCCCGGGACGGCAACUUUCUAAACAUCCCACAGCAGUCUCAGUCCUGGUUCCUCUGACGAGAUCUACAAGAAAAAGGAAGAAGAGGAAAAAGGGGGAAGAAGAGAUUUGAGACAUGGAAAAAUCCCCCAGCCCAGCUCAGCUCAGCCUAGCCCGACUAGUCCCACCCCACCAAAAAGCAAAAAUUUAAAAGUCAUCAUCCACUCUACCCUCUCCUGCCAGGGGAUCCCUUCUGGCACCCACAGAGCCCAGCCCAGCUGUCAGGACCCAGAAGAAGGGGCCUGGGGUGGAGCCACACACCAGCAGCCAGGAAGAAAGGAAAACUGGGGAAAACAGAAAAUGAAAAAAACAAACACAAACAAAAAAAGGGUGACAAGGAGCAGUCCCCUGUCCACUCCCUUCACCUGUACAUCCCUUCCCCCUCACACACACACACAUACACACACACACACAUACACACACACACACACACACACACACACACACACACACACACACACACCCACUGAGGCCUCCUGGCUACAGCCCAGGCAAAAGCCAAGGGGAAUGGAGUGAAAGUUGAAAAGUUUUCCAAUGCAUAAUCAACCUGGCUAGGAGGGUCCCAGGUUCUGCCCUUCCUACCUAAGGUUGUCUUUUUGGUAGAUGACAAAGCACGCCUCCCCAGCACACCUCAGGCCUGGUGCUCCUUUGGGGCUAGAAGAACUGGCUUCAGUGAGGUGUUUUGAUAGAAAUCUCCAAGGGUCUUGAACCCUUUUUGGCCUUUCCCCCUUCCUAGCCUGGUCCCAUUCCUCCAGCAUGGGCAGUUGAUCCUGAUCUGACCUUGGUUGGGGUAUGUGUGUAAGGGUGCUUUCUUUCCAUUGUUCUAGCACCCAGGACCUGAAGGCCUGGGAAGGAAGAGCCCCAGAGAGCUAGGCCUGGCCAGGGAUCCUGUAAGGCCUUUGAUGCCUUACUGGAACCACUGAAGUUGUUUUAUGUUUUUAUUCUUAUGCACCAGGGUAAAGGGGUCUAAG